AUGUAUAAAGCUAUAGAAACAGAUAUCAAGAUUUUGCAAUAUGAUAUAAAUCAACAAAAUCAAGAGCAAGCUGAAUCAUCUACAAGAGCAUCUCGUUCAAUUAAACUACAAUUAUUUGAUUGGAGUGAUGACAAUGAUAUUGAAGAUAAAAAUGAAAUGAAUGAUACCAAGCAGUUAAUGCAAGACUAUGAUAUUCUUGAAGAAGCCGAAAUUGAUGAGCAUUUUGAAGAAACAAAUAAUGGUCAACUUGCAAUAUCAUUGCUCUCAUACAACCUGACUCAAACUGAUGCUGAUAUUUCUAUACAAUGA